AUGCAAGACUCCUUUAAUUUAAAAAUGCUUCAUGUUCUAAAAAUGUUUGUUUUACAGCCAAGAGUUCAAGAGGAAUUUCUUAGGAGUGUGUUAAAAUAUAAAAGACCAGGAUUAAAGCAGAAUUCACGUUUUUACAAAAAUGUAAUAGAGGAAAAGGAAUACCUUUCUCAGAAAGUAGAUGCCUAUAAAGAAAAGCAUAAUUUAAAAGAUUUCAAUCGUAAAGACCCUGCUGCAAUAAAAUUAACUGGUAAUAGAUGUGUUGAUGCGAUAAAAAUGAUGGAUGCUGACGUGUAUAAAUGGUUACGCCGAAAAAUGGUGUCCGGGUUUGAAGACCCUGCUAAAAUACCUAAAACGUGCUGGGGCCACUUCGCUCAAUUCGUGAAAGACAACAUAGUUCUUUUUGUACUUAUAUUAUAUGUAGUAGCUGCAAUUACUCUUUUUCAGCUUAAUCCUGCGAGCGUGGUUAAUUCUAUAGCUUUUACAAUGUUAAUAUCGGUGCCUAUUAUAAUUGGAUUAUAUCUUUUCGAUAAGGUGUUGAAUAUAUUUGUCACGUACCUUUUUUAUAAUGAUUAA